AUGAGCUCUAAUAAGAGCGAAACUCGAGUCCAUUGCUUCCCUUUGGUGUGGACUCACCGGAAUAAUUACGCCAGAACUGGAACACGGCCGUUCAAACGAGAAUCUAUCAAAAAAAGACCAAACGCAGCAACUGACCAUGGCGUUGACGUCGGUGCGCUAAAUCACCUCAUAGUUUUGCUGGCCAGGUGGACCGUACAUCAAUCUGGAGUGACUCGUGCGGACUGUGGCAGGUGCUGCAGUCCGAAAACCGGUUUUGUAGCUCUCCGUCGAAUUCACGUCUAUGAAAGUUUUAGCACAAACAUGGUCACCCUAUUGGUCUGCGCAGAUUGUUCCCACCUGUAUGCGACAAAGACCGGCCUGAGUCAACAGUGUCAACACGCACACCCCACAUAG